CUUGUCCUGAUUCUCAAUUUGACUACUUUGUUCUUGGUGUAAACCUAUCAAACCCACCGCCCAAGACAUGCAGUUCCAUUGUUCAUGUCCCGAUUUCAAAAAGUGAACCUAUAGGUUUACCACCACCUUCGGCAGGCAUCGACUUUGGUGAUAAUAUUAGUGACAUUCUCAAUAAAGGCUUUGAGAUCACCUGGAUUGCCAACACAUCGCUGUGCGAAGAUUGCGUUAUAUCAGGGGGAAUAUGCGGGUAUGACUGGACAAGGCAAGAAUUCAAUUGUUUUUGCCGUGAUGCAGCCUAUCCGGCAACCUGCCACAGAACGCCAAUACCGGCAAGCGUCCCUUCAAUACCGCCGGUACCGGCAAUCGUCCCUUCAAGUAUGUAUGCUUACUCUCAUCUAACAUGUGGUUUUCAAUUAGCUAAAAGUUGUUCAAUGAGAAGAAUUGCUGGGCAUAUUCUUCCCUCAAACGAAGUGCAGUCAUCCUUGCUGUGACAUGCAUGAUUGUGUUACACUUUAGACUUUUUAAGUCCUAAAACUUUAACACCCUAUACUCAAAAACCUUCCUCGCCUUAACUGUUGGAUCAUUAGCUCGGGAUCUGCAAACCCAAGAGAUCCAAUGUUUUAAAUGCGACAAGCGAAGAUGCUUCAAGUUUACUGUAAAAUCUCACAUCAUAGACAAGUAAUUUAAAUCAGAACGAGUUAGUUGACAAGUCAAUCAACCUAAAAUUUAGGUUUGACUUGUUCUUUACUCUCCACAACAUGAACUCUUGACCCCUCAAAUGGGCUAGACUUUUUCCACGGUGAGAACCUUGAAAAAAGGUUUCACUUGUCAAUUUCGACUACAUAGGAAUAACUUCGGGGGAAAUUGCUUUGCAUAUUUCCUGGCCUCUGUCUUCCUUGUCACUUCCACCCCCACACCCAGUUUCGACGUUCGAUAGCCAUUCUUUCUUUUUAUUUCCCUCCUUCACGAAAUAUCAUAAGACUGAAAUUGAUUUCGGUCAAAGUCCAUGCUCAGAAUAGCUUCCUCUAUUUACCGAGGAAUUCACCACAUCGAUCUCUUUCACACUUCAGGCCGGAGAAAGUAAGUAAAUAAAAAAAGAAUUUCUCCAUCCUUAGCUUGCCCCUCUGAACUCCAAACCCUCACUCCACAUGAUAUUCUUUAUCCAUGAGAGCAUGAACUUAUUCAAAUGGGUGACACAGCCACUCUCCUUCUCUGCUUCCCUUCACACUCCAUCCCCGUCUUCGUCCUCAUUGUCCUCAUCGUUUCACAAGUUCUUUUAUGCGAGGGAGACAACGAUGUCCAUUAUACUAACUGCCGUUGCUCAAGUCUUAUUUUCAGUACUUGAGUCCUGAGCAAUUUCUGUCAUGAAAAAGAUGGAAAGCUAUUGCUUCCUAGCUAAAGAUCCAAUGUGGAUCAUCAUCAUCGUAAAUCACGAGAGAUGGCUUGAUUCAGAUUGGCCGAGGAGUUGCGGCCCUUUUCGACCCAGUGAUUUUACCCAAGUUGCAGUUUGAGCUGAUGAUAUGUCAAUACCACCUGUCAAAUCAGUUCAAAAAAUAUGACUAGGCAAAAUAAAUAGAAACUCGUCCAGAGGAAGUUUAGCCGCCUCAGUUUUGAGGCUCCAAUCCCUUCUGUUCUCUAGUCUAGGUGAUGGCCAUGCUUCUGUCUAGACGCUGCAAACGACGUUCGUGAGGUCCUUAUUGAAGUUUCCUCAAAGUGAACCGUGAAGGAGAUUGGCAAAGCUCGUUGAUUAGUCAGGGGCUGCCUGUAGGAAUUGUAAAAUUGGGGAAUACUAGUCCAAGUCGUCCCAAGUCAAGUUUACAAUUAGCUGGCAGCUCAAGCUACUUGGCUUUGUUUCCACGUGCCUUGUUCUCCUUCUUUUCCUCUUAGCUUUUGUCUCACCGCGCCAAAGUCUUGGUCUUUCGUGAGGCCAAGGCGAGAGGUUCUCGUUAGUGCAUCGGGUCAAGUCCUCCAUUCCAAAACCAGCAUUAUUAUUUAUCUCUCUGCAUCCUCUUCCUUUAGAUAUACCCUCCUCCUUGUUUUGCUUCAACUCCAGUUCCCUUCAAAUGGAUCUUACCAUGUCAUGUUCCUCUCUCUCCUUGCUCUUCUUCCUCAUCUCCCUCCAAAUUUACUUCCUGGCGCCAGCUGCCAGCGCGUUCCCACUGUUCCAAGAGUGCACUCCUUCUAAUUGCGGAGGUCAAGAAAUCAGCUAUCCUUUCAGGCAUGAUAAGCAACCGAGAUACUGUGGGCAUCCAGACUACGAGCUUGACUGCAACGGAGAUAGCCUGACCUUGUCCAUGGAGUCCCUGAAAUAUCGAGUGAUCCACAUGAAUACCAGCACACAGAUCCUUGUGGUGGCGAGGUUGGAUUUAUCAAAAGAGAUAUGUCUUGAAACAUAUAAUGAAACCACUUUGGAUUUGAAUCUCUUCAACUACACUUCCAAUGACCUCAAUUCCACCUUAUUCUUUGAUUGCUACUCAUGGCCGAACCCUCCGUGGCCAACCUUUCCACCUUAUCCGUUCUCUUGUCCCGAGUCUCAAGAUGGCUACUUUUUUCUCGGGGUCGACCUUCCAAAGCCACUGCUUGACCCAUGCAGUUCCAUUGUUCAUGUCCCGAUUUCAAAAAGUGAAACCCUAGGUUUUCCACCACCUUGGAUGGAUGGCAACGAGAGUGCUACGAUUAGUGAGAUCCUCAACAAAGGCUUUGAGAUCACCUGGAUUCUCAACACUUCUUUGCAGUGCGAAAGUUGCAAUAAAUCUGGGGGAAGAUGUGGGUAUGGCUGGACAGGGGAAAAAUUCAAUUGUUUUUGCCCUGAUGGUGCCUAUCUGACGACCUGCCCCGGAUCGCCAAUACCAGCAAAUGUCCCUUCGACACCGCCAGCACCGAGAAUUAUCCCUUCGGGUAUGUAUGCUGACUCUCACCCAAUAUGUGGUUUUCAAAUAGCUAUAGUUGUUGAGAAGUAUUGCUGGGCAUACCCAAUUGGAAACGACCCACCCCUGCCCCUAAAGGUUCACAAUCUCAUUUUCCUCUGCAACCUUCCUUGCCUUAACUGUUGGAUCAUUAGGUCUGUAUCUGCAAACCCGCAAGAUCCAACGGUUCAAUUACGAUGA